UGUAACGUCGCCCCUUCCGGUAAUAGCGGCGCGAGCGCUUUGGGGGCACCUUGUCUGUCGGGGGCGAGCACGUGCGUCAGCGAGAGCGCGCCCGCCUGCCCGCGUCUGCUCUGCUGUUGCUGCCCUUUGAUCCCCGCAUUAGUGUGAGUUAGUCGGGGGGCUCGGAGGAGACGCAAGGCGGGCGUUAGUGUGAGUUAGUCGGGGGGGGCUUCCGAGGAGACAGUGGGAGUUAGUCGGCGGGGCUCCGAGGAGACACAAGGCGGGCGUUAGUGUGAGUUAGUCGGGGGGGCUUCCGAGGAGACAGUGUGAGUUAGUCGGCGGGGCUCCGUGGAAACGCAAGGCGGGCGUUAGUGCGAGUUCGUCGGGGGCUCCGAGGAGACACCAGGCGGGCUAAGCAGAGCGAGCAAGCGGCGCUGGUGCCUCCUCCUCCGCCUGCCCGGGCUCCCCUUUUAUCCCCCCUCCUCCUCCUCUCCCUCGCCCGACGCUCCACUUUGAAGACAACCGGCAUCCAGGUGCACCACCGCCGCCGCUUUUCCAGAUCCUAGCGGCCGCCGUCCAGCUCCCGGGGUCUCCGGAGAUGGGGAGCGAGCCUCCUGCCUUGGUCGGCCCGCAGCAGGACGAGGAGAGAAUGUGAUUAAAAGAACACGGAGGAGGAAAAUGCCCAGGAGGAAGCAGGAGCAACCCAAGCGUCUGCCUGCACAUUUGGACAGCAAUGACGAAGGAGGGCCUGACAGCGGCGCCGUGGAGGAGGAAGGCUGGUUUGGGAAUGCUUCCGACACGCGCUCAGAGUCUUCAUCCUACGGCGACACCCAGGACGAGCUCCUCCUGCAGAGAGGCUCGUCCCCCGACGGAGUCAGCCGUGACGACUGCGGAGGCGAGAGUUCCACCCCGGUCAACCGGGCCUCCUUGGAGCUGCUCGGACUGGCCGGAGGCGCCUUCUCCCCUCAGGACUCGGUCUCGUCCGUGGUGUCGUCGCUGUACGGCGAGGCGGCGUCUCGCACCCUGGGGAAACCGCUCAGCAGCAACCUGCGGCGCCUGCUGGAGGCCGGGUCGCUGAAACUGGACACGGGGGACCUUCUGGGUCGGUCGUCCAGGGCCGGCGCAGGUGGCGACUCCCCUCCGAUAGGGCUCGCCUCGCCCUUGCCCCUGUCCCCGUCUUCCCACCACGCUCAGCAGUUAAGUGCUCUUGCUCGUAAAUUGGCUAACAACAACAGCGGCUCGGCCUCGCCAGCCCCGUUGGCGCCCUCAGUCAGCAGCAUCAAACAAGAGCCGCUUGACCACUUUAACUCCGUCACCCCAAGCAACGGCGGCGGCUUUGUGUGGGCGGGCGUGGCGGACAAGUGGCCCUGCGGUUCCAGCCUGUCCCCCGACUCAGCCAUACAGAAGUUAAAAGCGGCGGCGAACGCGGUACUUCAAGACAAGAACGCCGUGUCCUCCUCCGCCACCACCACAUCCUCCACCUCCGCCUUGUCCGCCGUGUCGGCCCUGGGAGGAGCAGCCGGGGCGGGCGGCCGAGGAGACGACGUGGUGCGCUUCGAUGCCUUCAACUCUCCGUUUAGCCCGCAGUCGGCCAGCUCCACCUUAGCAGCGCUUUCCAAGAAAGUCAGCGAGCGGAGCCACGCCUCGUCCACGUCCGCCGCGCCCGCCGACCACCAGAACUCCUUCCUCUCGCUCGUGUCCAUGACCUCCUCCGCUGCCUUGCUCAAAGAGGUGGCGGCCCGGGCGGCGGGGAACAUGCUGGCCGAGAAGAAGGAGGGGUCCCCGCUGGCGGCCUCCGUGGUCCUCCAAGAGGACGUAAAGCCCAUUCUGGACCAGAACCAGAAGGCCAGCACGCCAUCGACGCCCACCCAGGGCCUGGAGUUAUUGUUGCCCUCCACGCCCAAAGGAAGAGGCAAGCCCAACAGCCAAGCAGGCUCCCCGGAGGACGGCGGCAAACCCUUCCAGUGUCCCGUCUGCGGCCUGGUCAUCAAGCGCAAGAGCUACUGGAAGAGACACAUGGUCAUCCACACCGGCUUGAAAAGCCAUCAGUGUCCCCUGUGUCCCUUCCGCUGCGCUCGCAAAGACAAUCUCAAGUCCCACAUGAAGGUACAUCAGCACCAAGACCGGGGCGAGACGUUCCAGUGCGAACUCUGCCCUUUUACCUCCUCCCGCCACUUCAGCCUGAAGCUUCACAUGCGCUGCCACCAGCACUUUCCCCGCACUGACAUCAAGGUGAAAGAGGAGCUCACUACCGACACGGAGGGCGAGGGCGACGCCGGCUCCGUGGACGCCAGGGGGACCCAGGUGUCCCCGCUGCACGCCGACACCGGGCAACAGACGUCCCCGCCGAGCGAGGCCUCGUCCAAUCACGUCCACGUCAAGGAGGAGCCGCUGGAGCGAGACCUGUCGGUGCUCUCGCCCUUCAGCGUCUGCAGAGAGCGUCCUGGCAGCAGCGCUAACUCCUUGGAUCUGCCCGGCGUGGGCGGCGGGCUCCGGUCUAGCCCGAGUGGUCCAACCACGGCCUCCCUUUUCAGCCCAGACAUCAGCACCAAGACAGCCACUGACCUGCUCAUGAAACUGUCGGGUAAGUACAAACAAUCCAGUUCUGGUACUGCUUCUUUUUGAUCCAAAACAAACCCUAAUUGGGAAAUAAUGAAAUCACUGAAUGUGUCAGGAAUCCCCCAGAAUGAACAUUUUUGGGCGAAACAAAAAAUGAGGCAGAAAACUAU